GAUGACACAGCCCACAAGGCAAAGGAAGUCCAGUCCUGGUGCAGGAUGCUGGUCGAGGGAAUUGAAAAGUUUGGCAAGCCUAUUGACGGUGCUCCGACGUGGAAGCAAAAGAUGGAAGACGCCGGGUUCGAAGACGUUCGGCAGGAGAUCCUCAAGAUACCUAUUGGCGGAUGGCCAAAGGAUCCAAGCCUCAAGGAGCUCGGCAAGUACCAGCUCAUACAGCAGAUCCAGGGCGCCGAGUCCUACACGCCUGCCGUGUUCUCGCGUGUUCUCGGCUGGACCGACGAGGAGAUCCAGGUGCUCAUUGCCAAGGUUAGGAAGGAGUUUAAUGAUCCGUCUAUCCAUCUCUACAUUCCGAUCUAUGUCAUCUGGGGUAAGAAGCCUUGA